UGACAAAAUGGAACCCACCAGCAGUGUGAGGAGACCUGAAAGUGGCACAUGGCAGAGUGUGGCGAUGGAGACAGCAGCAAUGGGAGGCCGUACAGGGACCCAUGACACUAACUCUGGGGACCUGGCAGCAGCAUGAGGAGGCGGUACAGGGGCCCAUGACAGAUUACGGGGCCUGGCAGCAGCAUGAGGAGUCGUACGGGGGCCCAGAGGCCUAUGUUAAAAAGUCCCCCCCAGCAGCAGCGUGGGGAGACGACUAUCAAGAGUCCAAUGGCAGAGUGGCGGAGCUGGAAGCAGCUUCAAUUGAAGGCCAUACACAGGCCUAGGUUAAAAAGUCCCCCCAGCAGCAGUGUG